AUGCUACGGACCGAGAAGGUGCUACUGCUGCGGGGCCUGCAAGGCCGCUCGGUGCGGGUCGUGCGCGAGCACUACCUGCGGCCCGACGUGCCCUGCGGCAGCGCCCUCUGCCGGGUGGGCUGUCCCCGCGAUGGGAAAUUGCUGUCGGAUGAUGUGACUCACUAUGUUGUGCCCGAUUGGAAAGUGCUCCAAGAUUACCUGGAAAUUCUGGAGUUGCCUGAGCUGAAGGGGCUCGUCUUCAUGCAGACGGCAUGUCAAGCGAUGCAGCAGCAAAGAGGCCGCAGACAGUACAAUAAACUGCGAAAUUUAGCGAGGGACGCCCGUCGUGACUGCACUGUGUUUUUUAAUGAGUUCCAGCUGCUGUCUUAUUUGCCAAGAGAGCGGGGAGAAUCUCUGGAGAAGUGGCAGACGAGGAGUAUUUACAAUGCAUCUGUGUGGUACUAUAACCACUUCUCGGGCCAGAUGCCCAUUGUCAUGGUUACAGAGGAUGAAGAGGCUAUACAACAUCUUGGAAGUGAAACGGAAGGUGUCUUUGUGAUCUCAUUCAAGAAUUACUUGGACAACUUCUGGCCUGAUUUAAAAGCUGCUCAUGAGCUUUUGGAUUCCAUACUCCAGUCACGACGUGAACGGGAAAGUGAAAGCCAAGAAAACAGUGGGAAGGAAUACCCCGAGCACUUCCCUAUGGAAACCCUGGAAGCGGGAAUCAAAUCAGGGCAGUACAUCCAGGGGGUCUUGAAUGUGAAUAAGCACAGAGCCCAAGUGGAAGCAUUCAUGCGAUUUCAAGGAGCUAGCAACAAGGAAAAAGAUCUCAAGACGGAUGUUCUCAUUUAUGGCACAAAAGCUCGGAACAGGGCAAUCCAUGGAGACGUAGUGGCAGUGGAAUUACUGCCACAGAGCGAAUGGAAAGGACGCACCGCUGCCCUUGGCGAGAAUGAGAGUGAAGAAAAAGCCUCUGGGGAGGUUUAUUGUGAACCCAUGCCCACAGGUAAAGUGGUCGGCAUCAUACAGAAGAACUGGCGUGAGUAUGUGGUCACUUUCCCAUCCAGGGAAGAGAAUCAGUUACACAGCAAAAAUGCGCAGAAGGUUCUCGUGACCCCUUGGGAUUACAGGAUUCCCAAAAUCCGGAUUAGUACUCAGCAAGCUGAGGCGCUGCAGGAUUUUCGGUUCGUUGUGCGCAUCGAUUCUUGGGAAUCAACAUCGCUCUAUCCAAAUGGGCAUUUUGUGCGGGUCUUAGGCCGGAUAGGGGAUCUUGAAGGAGAAAUUCAAACUAUUCUGGUGGAGAACAGCAUUUCGGUUAGUCUUUUCUCCGAAGCCCAGAUGUGUGAGAUGCCCACUCUCAUCCCAGAGAAACCAUGGCAGGUAACUCCUGAAGAAGAACAAAAGCGUCUUGAUCUGAGAGAAACACAUCUGGUAUUCAGCAUUGACCCCAAAGGCUGCGAAGAUGUGGAUGACGCACUGUCCAUUAGACUCUUACCCAGUGGAAACCUGGAACUGGGUGUCCACAUUGCUGAUGUGACUCAUUUUGUGGCUGCAAAUUCUUAUACUGAUAUGGAGGCAAAAGCAAGGGCUACCACCUACUACUUAGCCGAUCGUCGUUAUGACAUGUUGCCUGGCAUCUUGAGUGCCAAUUUAUGCUCUCUUCUUGGCAACGUCGACAGGUAUGCUGUAAGUGUUAUCUGGGUGCUUGACAAGGCUUCUUAUGAAAUAAAAAAAGUGAGGUUCAAGAGAACCAUCAUUCGCUCUUCCUACAAACUCUUCUAUGAGGCAGCACAGGCUUUGCUAGAGGGAGACCUGACUGUUGCUGCUGAAAUCCCAGAGCUCAAAACCAUGGAGGAAAAUACAAGAAAACAGAAGUUAGAUGAACUGGUAUGGGCCAUCAGAGAGCUUACUGAUGUUGCCCGCCAUCUCCGAGCCAAACGCAGCAGCUAUGGAGCCCUGGAACUGGAAGGGGUUGAAAUAAGGGUUCAGCUAGAUGACAAGAAAAACAUAGAUGACCUUAUCCCCCGACAGCCGCUGGAAGUCCAUGAGACGAUAGCGGAGUGUAUGAUCCUGGCAAACCACUGGGUGGCAAAGAAGAUUUGGGAGGCUUUCCCCCACCAAGCUCUUCUCCGCCAGCACCCACCGCCACGGCAGGAAUUUUUUUCUGAGGUCCAAGAAUGUGCUAGCGCAAAAGGUUUUUCGAUUGAUACCCGGUCUAACAAGGCAUUAGCGGACUCUCUGGAUAGAGCAGUGGACCCCUUUGACCCUCUGGUGAAUCAGCUAUUGAGGUCUAUGGUCACUCAGGCCAUGUCAAAUGCGGUAUAUUUUUCAACUGGAUCGUGUCCCGAAGAAGAGUUCUUCCACUACGGUCUUGCUCUAGAUAAAUACACCCACUUCACUUCACCCAUUAGGAGAUACGCUGAUAUAAUUGUCCACAGACUUCUGUUAGCAGCCACUUCAACGGAAGACAGAGCCCGUGCAAAAGACAGUUUGCUUGGCAAUAAAGAACUUGAAGAGCUGUGUAGACAUAUUAACAACAGAAACCGGGCUGCCCAGCACGCUCAGAAGCAGUCCACGGAGCUCUUCCAGUGCAUGUACUUCAAAGACAAGAGUCCUGAAAGGGAUGAACAGCGCACAGCGGACGGCGUUAUCUAUUCAAUCCGAACAAAUGGUGUGCUUGUCUUUGUACCAAGGUACGGCAUUAAAGGGGCUGCCUAUCUGAGAAACAAGGAAGGGUUGGUCAUCUCCUGUCCCACAGGGGGAGACUGUGAAUGGCAACCUGGUUCUCUGCAGCGCUUCCCCAGCAGAAUUACUGCCACGCCCACAGUCGGAGAGCCCGUGACUUUGAACCUCUUCAACCACGUGACCGUGAAAAUCUCCGUACAGACUUCUCGCUGCCAUGCAGAUAGGAUCCAACUUCAGAUAACAAGCUGCAAACCAUACAAGACCUCAGAAAGGGAACCGUCUCAAAGUCCUCACAUGUCUCGAACGGAUUUAGUAAGGGAAGUAACAAAGUCCGCAGAGGAAAGUCAGCUUGUGCAGGAUCUGGCCAAAGCAAACCAGGCAAAGGAAGGAGAUGAAGAGUAUCGGCAGACCCAGCGUACGAGCUUGUAUCACUUGUUGGAAGAAAUCAAGGAUUUGUCUCUGUUGGAUGUAUCUGCAGACCGUGGAGCAUGAGACCUCAGUUCACAUGGCU